CGAGACACCGCAGAUCAACAGCAAAAAAAGCGCAGCAACAUAGCAUGACGUGGUGGGUGCCAUUUGCCACCGAGCAGCCUUUUCUGCCAGCUAUUAAGGGAUCAAGCUGUCAAGUGCUAGCAUGCCGUAGCUCAUAGAGUCUCAGCGUCGUCACCCUCUACUUGUACUUGACUUGAAAGCCUCGAACUUCGAAGUUCGCACCUCUCAAUGGUUACGCUACUUUCGGAGGAGACCAAAAUGAAAGCAAACUCGCGACUUCUUGUUCUGAAACAUGGUCAAUACCGGGUCAUGGUUAAACGGCAAAGGUCGUAUAAUCGCAUGCUUGACACCGCCUGCAAACAUUUCCCAGGCAUUCCGAGAGAUGUAGUCACGUUUCAGACAAAUGAAUUCGAUAUUUGCGAUGGCCACUAUGUGGACAUCACGGCUGAAAUAUGGGUCGAUGUCAUUGACUGGCUCAGCGUCAUUGAGGUGACUCGGCGUGAGGAAAUGACAUCGCCCGUCUCACUGCCGCUUCGAGUUGAUGCUUGUCACGCCAUUUCACCGCCUGAUAAUCAAUUGGCGCCAAGUCGGGUUAACGAACAGGACAGCUCGUACGCACUUCAAAUAUUCUACAACUGUUUUUAGUACUGAAGUUAAGACCACAUAGCGAGGACGAUGACAAAGUUACAAUCAAACUUGUUUCUCCAUCUGGCGAGAUUCAGACUACUAGAGUCUCGAGGGAAAUGCGGGUGGACAAAUUUAUUG